AAAUUCAUAGUCCAUCGUCAGCUUCUCUGGGUGACUGCCAGAAGACGUAGAAUUGUGGCAUCACAACAGAUUGGAAGUUGAGCAAGUUCAGGACUAUGUCUCAAUGUAUCCAGCUCUCAUUUGCUGUUUGUAGAAUUGGCAUUUACACGUGUUUUAGAGCCCUUUGCUGCAAGGGACCACCACCACCACGACCCGAAUAUGACUUGGUUUGCAUAGGCCUCACUGGCUCCGGCAAGACAAGUCUCCUGUCGCAGCUUUGCAGCGAAAGCGCCGAGAACAUAGUGUCCACCACAGGUUUUAGCAUAAAAGCAGUGCCAUUCCAGAAUGCCAUCUUGAAUGUAAAAGAACUUGGAGGGGCCGACAAUAUCAGGAAAUACUGGAGUCGUUACUACCAAGGAUCCCAGGGGGUAAUAUUUGUAUUAGACAGCGCCUCCUCUGAAGAUGAUCUAGAAACUGCUAGGAAUGAACUGCAUUCUGCUCUCCAGCACCCACAAUUAUGUACUUUGCCRUUUUUAAUACUGGCCAAUCAUCAAGACAAGCCAGCAGCUCGCUCCGUACAAGAGAUCAAAAAAUAUUUUGAACUUGAACCACUUGCACGUGGAAAGCGCUGGAUUCUUAAGCCCUGCUCCCUGGACGAUAUGGAAGCAGUAAAAGACAGCUUCUCCCUUCUAAUAAACUUAUUAGAAGAGAGAGACUUCGAACCUUCAAGAAUGUGAAAUGCAAGAGAGAAGAGUGGUUCUCCGUCAUCACUGUACCUGUUCAUUCUGCUCACAGCUUAAUUAUGGUGUGGUAUCAAGACUGUGCUAUGAUACAUUGCUCAUACACAGUGCAGAAUACCCUUUUGUUAAAUUAAACGCUCUGUGAAUCAGGUACAAGAUUAUUUCCAGUAAAAUUGUCUACACUACUGAAAUAGGGAGUUCCUCUUUGUUUACCACUAGUUCUACACACUGCAUGUUGCUUUCUUGAGUUGUCAUCAUCCUUGAUAGGAAAUUUUGCACGCACAAAAAAUAACGUAGUCUGUAAAGGAGGAAUUCUAAUUGCUAUAUUGGCUUUUAAAAAUAACUGAUGUCUUAGGGAUUUGUAAGACUGAUUUGUAUUAGCUUGUUUACUGACCCCACAGUCUGUCUAGAAAGCACAGCCACUGAGAAUCUUGAUGUAUGAUACCUUAAAAGCAAGGAGUUUCUUGUUAAUGCACAGUUUAGUCUGGAGUUUUGCUGAAUGAAAAUAUAAUUGACAUGCUGGUUGAUUCCUCUUCUAAAAACUAAUGCAUAGCCAUGUCAAAGGCAAAAAACAUCAUUUUGGUGGAAUUUUCCUGAAGAGGAAAUUAGGGCACAAAUGUAUGUUCAGGUAACAGUGUUUGUUAAGAAUAGGUGACAAAAACAGAUGAUGCAAGUAACAACAUUGUAGAAAAUAUACAGAAGUGGGGUAAAGUAAUAACUUUCCCUGAAGCUGUUUUUUCAUGAGGAGAAGCAAAGCAAACGUCUCAUAAAUCAGCUGUGGAGGCAUGCUUUGUUGCUGGUUUGAAGUGUGACUGAUUUUAAAUAAGGAUUGCCUCCUGUAUCAUUUUCUCCUAGAGACUACUGUUAAUCGAAACAGUGCCAAGGUAUCUAUACCACAAUUAAGGGCCUGCCAGUGUUUGUAUUAUAAGCUUCUCUUUUCAAAGGUUUAUAACUUUUUCUCUAAAACUUCCUCUGGGCUGAAUGUUACUUAGAAGACUAAAUAGUAUUCAUGGAUACAAUAUUUGUAACACCUUUGGAAAAAUCCCAUUUGGUUCCAGUAGCACAGGGCAUAUCUCCUCUUUCCAAGUUUUCCCCAUUGUAGAUUUGCAGUUUUUUGGCUGCCUUCUGUUGGUUUUUAAAACCAUAUAAACCAGUUUGUUCUGUUAAAAAAAAAUGUGCCAGGUCAGUGGUUCACAGCUUAGUCACAACAGGGUAUGUGCAGACCGGUCUGUGGACUGGUGCAUGCCUUGAAUGUUGUGCCUUGUGCAUUCAGCUCCUCGUGUGCAUGAGUGUCUGCAAAUGCAAGCUGGGUGAUGUGCCAAUGGUCCUUCAUAGAUUCUGCUUCUCUUGUUUAAACUUGUAAAUCAUUUUUCAGGUCUUUAAGCAACGUASCUUUCCACUCUGAACAUUUAUUCUUUGAGUUUAAAAUACAUUGUAGUUUCUCACUAGUUUAUCUGAGAGCAAAAUAAAAUAGCAAGGAUCAACUUAUAAAGGCUUAUAAAAGCCGUUUCUUUAUUAUUUGUAAUUAUUUUUUAAACAAAAUGUUUUUAUAGCCUUUUGUUUACUUUUUAAUUUCCAUGGAUUUCUUGGCUUGUUUCUUCAGAGCUAUAUCAGUGCAAAUGCAUGACCUGAUAAUUUUUGUUUCAGCUCACUUCCUAUUAUCAGAACAAAGCUGGGAAAACUGGUAAGCUCCUUGUUUAACUUUGUAAUAGGCUAGCCAGAAAGCUUUGCUCCUAAGCCUGAAGGACAUCUCUUCUUGUUUUGUUUUUCUUCACUUUCCUGCCAGGUCAGUCUCCUCAGUCCUCUUGGAAAUACCCAAGAACUGGAAUCAUUCAUUUUAAAAUACAGGCUGAGGAGUGCUGUGUUGGUUCCAGUUUUUUCAGUACAAUUUAGAAAUCAUCCAGCUACCCCUGAGUUUCUUUUGUGUGACUUAAGAAGACUCCCUUUCCUCAGUUUAAAGAGGAAUUUUAUCUGAUACUUGGGUUUACAUUCCCACUUGAAUGUGAGUGCACACAGAGUCCCCAAAUUUCCCCACUGUCCCCAGAUUUUUGGCCUUAUUAGGGACAGUGACAAGUAAGAAACAGUGAGGAGUGGGCAAAGUAUUUCCCAGGAAAGGCAGGCAGUUUCGGGAGGCAAAAAGAGGGAUUCAGAUCUUUUAUAGCUUUUUCGUUUAACAUGAGUUAGAAGGUGAGAGUUUAGAUGUUUUUGCUUUUUUCCCCUGCUUUCUGAUAUGUAAGUGAGGGACCAAAGUCACAAGUGAAAAUAAUCCCAACUGAACUGAACUCUUGGAACUGUUCAUACUUGUGUCAUCAGUGAGGCUAGCCUAAAGAUUUUAAGCUUUUUGAUUCAUAUUUUGGUUAUGAUUUUCCAACUAUGCACUGUUGGAAGGUGCUACGUGGCUACCAUCUAAAAGGCCCAGCUGGUYAGAGAGGCAUGGCUUUGGCAUAUGCCCAUGUAGUUAGACAAGGACAUUUUGAUGUUUAAUGCUUUUUCUUUAGGAAAAUGCCAGCUGCACAGGAGCAGUGAUUGUUUCAUAAUGAAUGAUUUAAAAUUGCUUAUUCUUACUAAUACAGUGAUCAUUCCUUACCACAGGUUGAAACAAUACCUCAUAACUGAUUAUGGCUAAGACCAACACUUAACUUUACUUUGAAUGUAGUUCUCUUGUGGUUUUGUGUUGUGGAUGGAUUUAAGUGGAUGUGUACUU